AUGGCCAACGUCACCGCCGACACCAACACCGCCCUGCCGGCCUCGCAGCCCACCCCACCAACCACCUCUACUAACACGACCCCGCGCUUCUCCACGGCAGAUGUGACAGUGGUCUUCUUUCUCGGCGGACCCGGCAGUGGGAAAGGCACGCAGUCCGCCAACCUGGUGAAGGACUACGGCUUCGUGCACCUAUCCGCCGGCGACCUGCUGCGAGCCGAGCAGGUACGCGAGGGAAGCCAGUAUGGUGAGCUGAUCAAGACCUACAUCCGGGAAGGCAAGAUCGUGCCGAUGGAGGUGACGGUGAAGUUGCUGUCGAACGCAAUGGCCGAGUCCCUAGCGGCGGGCAGUGCCCCCGGCGCGAACAAGGGCCACAAGGCCCGGUUCCUUAUCGAUGGGUUCCCCCGCAAGCUGGACCAGGCUGUCUUCUUCGAGGACACUGUUUGCCCGUCGGAGUUGGUGCUUUUCCUUGAUUGUCCCGAGGAGGUUAUGGAGACACGCUUGCUGAAGCGCGGAGAGACGAGUGGGCGCGAUGAUGAUAAUGCUGAGUCUAUUCGGAAGCGGUUCCGCACUUUCGUGGAGACCUCCAUGCCUGUUGUGCAUGCUUUUGAGAAGCAGAAUAAGGUUGUUUCGGUCAAGGCGACUGGCUCGGUUGAUGAGGUGUAUGCGCAUGUUAAGGCAGGCAUUGAGGCUCGCGGGUUGCAUCCUCUGUGA